UCUAUUUUACUUAUACAGUUUUAGUUAAAUCGACGAAUUCCUCGUCAAGUUGGAUUGUAAUAAUUUAGCAGACGACUUGUCAGGAAGAUUCUAAUAAUUAGUUUGUGAUCUCACAAUUUGACGACAACCAUAGCUUUUGUGACGUUAUAAUUGUCUAAGAUAUGUUAUAACAAUGGGUGUGGAUAUGUUUAAAGUGAGAAAGUUUCGUGUAACAGUAUUCGGAGCAAAGAAUCUCAGCAAAAGGGAUUUCUGCAGACUUCCAGAUCCAUUUGCAAAGAUAGAAGUGAAAGGAUCAGGACAAAGUUAUUCUUCUAAUAUAUGUAAAGCAACACUGGAUCCAAAAUGGAAUGAACAUUACGAUCUAUACGUCAGCAAGUCAGACAGUAUUGAAAUCUCAAUUUGGAAUCAGCGAAAAAUUCAUAAAAAGAAGGGUGGAGGCGGAUUCUUGGGAUGUAUCCGUAUCAUGUCAAAUGCGAUUGGUCGGUUGAAAGAUACUGGCCCGCAAAGACUCGACUUGUGUAAACGUCAAACGGAGGAAAACAACCAGGAGCCUAUAAGGGGUAAGGGUCAAAUUGUUGUUAGCAUCGUCAGUAGAGACCAUGAGGAUCGGAUUCCAUCAAAUGCAGUUCUUAAUGCGAGUAUGUUCACCAAUAACAAUCCAUUAGAUGGCGCUAAUAAUCUACCUGAUGGCUGGGAGGCUCGACCGACAGCAACAGGGAGGAUUCAAUAUGUGAAUCAUUAUACAAAAACAAUUCAAUUCGAACGGCCGACCCGACCUGCAGUUCCACACGGUCCGAUGAGAUCGGCAAGUGCAAUAGUAACCAACGGGAACCGGUCGUCAGGCUCGAAUUUACAACGACGAAGCAUGCCGCCAUCUAAUGGAAAUCGAUCAUCCAUGACAGAAACCUCAAUAAACUCUCUAAAUGGCGACGGAACACCAGACCGUCGUCGGGACUAUAUGACACGGAAUACUUUACACCGGGAUGGAGUCAUAGCCAUGCCCUUACCUGAGGGGUACGAACAAAGGACUACGCAACAGGGACAAGUGUAUUUCUUGCACACCCAGACAGGGGUAUCUACAUGGCACGACCCACGGAUACCCAGACAAUUAACGCAUAUAAAUGGGGAUGAUUUAGGGCAAUUACCCCCAGGGUGGGAAAUGCGGACUACGUCUACCGGUAGAGUCUAUUAUGUCGAUCACAGCAGUAGAACUACGCAGUUCACAGAUCCGAGAAUCAGUCAGUACAUUGAUCAACUACAGAAGAGAGGCAAUGGAAACGCCACAGAGGACAUGGAGAACGACCCUCAACUGCCAAAGUAUAAACGAGAUCUCGUGCAAAAAAUGAAAGUAUUAAGAAGUGAAUUAUUAACCCAACAACCUCAAACUGGCCACUGCAGAAUGGAAGUUUCAAGAACUGAAGUUUUUGAAGAUUCAUAUAGACAAGUAAUGAAAAUGCGACCAAAGGAGCUCAAAAAACGACUGAUGGUAAAGUUCAAAGGUGAAGAGGGUUUGGAUUACGGUGGAAUCGCGAGGGAAUGGCUUUAUCUUCUCUCCCAUGAGAUGUUGAACCCUUAUUAUGGAUUAUUUCAGUAUUCACGAGAAGACAUCUACACUCUUCAAAUCAAUCCUGAUUCUUCUAUAAAUCCGGAACAUUUGUCGUAUUUUCAUUUUGUCGGACGAAUUCUCGGGAUGGCAGUUUUUCAUGGCCAUUACCUCGAUGGGGGAUUCACGAUGCCUUUUUAUAAACAAUUGCUUGGGAAACCCCUAUCUUUGGAGGACAUGCAGCAGGUUGACCCAGAAUUGUAUACUUCAAUGCAUUGGAUAUUGACGAACGAUAUAACCGAUGUUCUCGAUCACACUUUUUGCGUAGAACAAGACUCAUUUGGGAAGCGAGUCGAGCAUGAAUUAAAACCUGGGGGUUCGGAAAUCGAAGUCUCAGAAGAUAAUAAGAAAGAAUACGUCCGACUUUAUGUUAAAUGGAGAUUUUUGAGAGGAAUUGAAGCCCAAUAUCUGUCACUUUCUAAGGGUUUCUAUGAGAUUGUCCCGCAACAUCUCCUGCGUCCAUUCGACGAACGAGAACUUGAACUGAUCAUCAGCGGUCUCGGAAAGAUUGACAUCAAGGAUUGGAAAAAAUAUACAAAAUAUAAGCAUUGUAACCAGGACUCAAAUAUUGUUAAAUGGUUCUGGAGAACGGUGGAAUCUUAUGAUGAAGAGAAACGUGCUAGGCUGCUCCAAUUUGUCACUGGUUCUGCUCGAGUUCCUCUGCAGGGAUUCAAAGGGUUACAAGGAUCAACAGGAACCCAAGGUCCAAGGUUGUUCACAAUCCAAUUCGUCGACUGUAAAACUGACUGCCUUCCUAAAGCUCAUACAUGUUUCAACCGCAUUGACAUCCCGAAUUACGAAAACUAUGACAAACUUCGAGACAAAAUCACAUGCGCGAUUGAAAACACUUGCGGAUUCUUCACAGAAUAAAAAAGCAAUGAAGCAAAACGUCUUCAAGUGGCGGAAUCAGCUGCAACUAUCGCACCAAUCUCAAUAUUUAAACUGUGUGAAUAAGCUGAAAAUACUUGCCGCUAGAGUAAUAUGGAUCUAGAUGAGGAGGGAGCGUCGAACUAAAAAACUAUAAAAAAAGCUGCUAGGCUUUGUGUUCCUCCCUAACUAAACGAUAAUUAUAUAUGGAGAUAUAGACCAGAACACAUACCAAUCUAAAAAAGCAGUAGAUGCCUGCGUACCAGUCUUGUUUUCAGUGAAAGUGCCAUAUUAUAAAAAUGAACCAAGUGAAAGGGGCAACAUGGUCUCUUAGAGCAGGGGUGUGCAACCUUUUUUAUUGGCGGGCCAAAUACAAGUAACUGGGUGAAGCCGCGUGCCGCACCUUUAUUUAAUUUAGGCUUUCUGGUAGUUGCAAGCACAAAAAUUGCCUAUAUUUGCUAUUGAUCUUACGGCAAUAUUAGGGGUUCUUGCAGAAAUAGUAGAUUUAAGACGCAUAAACAUCUGAAGAAACUGGUAACUGCUGACUUCAAACGAAUGCAGUGGGAAACACGUUUUUGUAAUAUAAAUCGUGUAUUUUGCCACAGAAUUUUGCUAGCUUGUUUUGCUAAUAUGACUGGUAUUUGGCUUUGCGACGAAAAAGAAUAAAUACUCGUUUUGCGGGUACACCAUUCGAAAUUGUUAUUUCUCCGUGGGCCGCAGUUUGCACACCCCUGUCUUAGAGUUGUCAUUUUUCAAAAACUUCGAUAUUUACAAUCUGCUGCUCGAAUGUAUUAACGUUUUAAGAUUCCACACUGGUUUAGAAGUAAAUGGGGUUGUUCCUUGAAACUUUCCUAUCCAUACUCUUCCCACUUUUAGUUGAGGGAUCAAGACCAUGUUUUGAGCAAACUCUCAAUUCUUUUAUCAGUAUAGUACUUGAAAGCAAAAUCUAACACAGGCCUUGAAGCCUUUCUGCACGACUGCUCUUAUUUAUUUAAUACAUAAUUCUGAUUUCGCCGAAAAUUUGUCUUAUUUUUCAUAUUUUUUUUGUUAUUUUUGAGUCUAAAAGUGGGUCAUUGUUGAUACUUUCAGAUGAUUUCUGAUAUGAAGCAUUUGCUAGUAUUUGUCACCUCUGAGUGUUUUUCGCCUGUUAAGGCAAUAUUUAUGGUUUUGUUAAUUGAAUAAAAUCUCAUGCACAGAUGUCCUAUGAAUGUCAGCUUGUGUAAGGCAUAUUUUGGAGUGAAAACUAAAUUAAAAGCUGAAAUUUUUCAUCUUCAUCUCUAAACAGUUCUCUGCACAAGAAGCUGUUUGAAGCGACUAGUAAUUUAUCCUCAAGCCUGACCCCCCCUCCCCCCCACUCGUAAUUUAAACUGAAUAGAUAAUUUAUUCUAAUGCAUGGAUGUCUGCUUUUUACAGUAAUAGCAGCUCUAAUUUAUGACUAGCUGCUUGUCUGGGCCUACCACGUGAAUACCUUAAUAAAUACAAUUCAAUUUCGUAACCCAGGCAUUGAUUGUAUUUGUAUAAACCUAUUUUAUUUAUUUUUUUGUUUUUAAUUCUCUUUGUUUUAUUAUAUUUCAUUUUCAUAGUACUUUUGUGACAUCAGCUUGUAAUAUUGUAUUUGUGUUGGUGCGUCUGGUUAAAUGCAGCUCGAUUAUUUUACCUCUUUGGGAUUUGGAUGUUGCGUUAAAAAAGUGCUCGUGAGAUAUUUAUAAUUAAAACUCGGUUAUCGGUCGAUUAAUCAAACUUGUCAAGCCACAACGCCUUUUUAGAAUUUGUUUACAAUUCACCCCACCUCAAAAAUAACUACCGUAGCUCACGAAAAACUACUAAUAACAGAUAGUAAGGCGAAAGUAUGUUUUAUUUAUAAAGCGCGUUGAAAAUAGAAUGGAAUCGCAAUCUCUAAACAAUAAAAAUACCCAAAAAUAAGGCGGACAAGACAUCGUUUGAGAUUCACUGAUAUCUGAAAUAUAUAAAAUUAAAACUCA